CUUAAUAUAAUUAAUGUAGAAAAUGUGAUUGUACUUCAUGUUUGUCUGUAGUAAUUCUAUAAAUCUCUUAUGUCUGUGUUCUUGUAGCCACUUGGGUACUGAAGUAGCUGAAAUGAGAAAAAGGCAGCAGUCACAAAAUGAAGGAACAUCUGCUGUGUCUCAAGCACCUGGAAACCAAAGGCCCAACAACACAUGUUGCUUUUGUUGGUGCUGUUGUUGCAGCUGCUCAUGCCUCACUGUUAGGAAUGAAGAUAGAGGGGACAAUGCAGGAAGGCCAACACAUACAACCAAAAUGGAGAGUAUCCAGGUCAUAGAGGAAUGCCAAAACCCUACUGCAGAUGAAAUUAUGUCUUGGGCUCAGAAUUUUGACAAGAUGAUGAAAACACCAGCUGGUAGGAACCUUUUCAGAGAGUUUCUUCGAACAGAGUACAGCGAAGAGAACCUACUUUUCUGGCUUGCGUGUGAAGACCUAAAGAAGGAACAGAACAAGAAAGUUAUUGAAGAAAAGGCGAGGCUUAUAUAUGAAGAUUAUAUUUCUAUACUUUCACCAAAAGAGGUUAGUCUUGAUUCUCGGGUGCGAGAAGUGAUCAACAGAAACUUGUUGGAUCCCAGUCCUCACAUGUAUGAAGAUGCCCAACUUCAGAUAUACACCUUAAUGCACAGAGACUCUUUCCCAAGGUUUUUGAACUCUCAGAUGUACAAGUCUCUCAUCGAAAGUACUGUAGGCUCUACUUCUGAAACUUAGUUCUAAUUUUUGGAUAAAAUAAUUUGGGUUUUUUUGGGUGGGUGGGAGGGAAUAAAAGUAGUUUAAUAACAUCUGGCGCUGAGUUCCUGGAGAACUACAGUUUAGCACUACUCAGGCUACUGUGAAGAAAACAAAUACAUAUGAUGGUCUCUGUCUACAUUUUUACCAAGGUCCCCCUUGCUUGAGUUUGCAGGGGAGGGAACAAUGGAUUUGCCAAAAUACAUUUGUUUCACACUCCUUUCACUUAACUGCAGUCAAGAUUGCAGUGAUGUAUUUGUAGUUUUAUGAACAGUCUCCUUGUGUAUUCUCACACUGCAUGUGCAAGAUAAAAUUGCUUCACAUACCACUUAGUUGUUGCAAUAUUUAAUUCAAUAACAUAAAUUAUAUCUGUAUUUAAGAACUUUUUUGUGCAAUACAGUAUUAUGGUACAUAGAAAUAAUUGCAGCAAACCAGGAAGAGGCUUGCUAUUUUUUUUUUUUUUUUUUUUUUUAACAUCACUAACAGAAAAAAGCCAAUUUUUCACGUGUAGCAUUAUUCAACAUGCUCUACUGAGUACAAUACACUGACUUUUUGAAGCCAAUAAUUCUGUAUGGGAAAAAGAGCUAUUUAUCACUGUUUAUUUAAAAUAAAUCAAAGUGGGGAUUCCUCUGGUUGGUCACUGCCAAAACUGGCAUUUUCAUUAGCGUUUGCAAUGUCAAAAAAAAAAAAAAAAGCACAAACCACUUAAAGGGAUCCAUGUCUGGGUGACACAAUUUAUGCGCUGAUAUUGUUUAAUUGUUAUAAGAACAAAGAUUUUCAAUGUACACUUCAGAUGUCAGAUACUGUAAUUGAUUUAUUAAAGACUGGCGAUCCAGUUCUAACACUGUUGUCUAAUGUUAUGUACUUCAGCAAAAAAAAAAAAAAAAAAGUUUAUAAUUUAGUUUUUGAAUAAAGAAGUUUAAUAAAAGAUUGCCUACAUGUAGCAUUUUAGAGCAUUUUAGAACAUUUUGAUGAAUUGCAUCUGUCCUGUAAGAUAUUUUUCUUUUAAAGAGAAAUCCAGUGAAAAGAUGUUUUUUUUUAAAAAAGUAGUAUUUUACAAAGGGGGAGAGGGGCUAAGGAAGACUUCUCAGCUUGUUGUCUCUUUGAUUUUGAAAAACUCCUUGAAAACAAGGAGUUGUAGAGAUUAAUAUUCAAGGGCUUAUGAUUUUACACUCCUUACCCAGGCAAAAGUUGAAGUUAACAGGUGUCCUUCUUGGGUAAAGAAUUCUGAAUAUUAACGGCCCAGUACAAUCAGAACUAAGAAGGCAGCAUAGUGCUCAAAUCGCCUUGCUGCCAGGCUAUUUUUUGCAGGUAUCUGGCUUGGCCUUUUUUAAAAAAAAUUGUCCUAUUUUGAUAUGCACUUUGAUGUUUAAAUAUACCAUAACUUGUAACUUACAAAACACCAUCUUCAUGCUUAAAGUACACAAAACUAUAUUCUGAGUGCUAGCAUCCCCAGCAAACUAUCUUGAAAGAUAAAUGAUAGAAUGGCUUUGAAUAAAAGUUUUAAAUGUCCUUAUUACUAGGAAUAUUGUCCUUACUAAGGCUUAGAGAGAGGCAAGAGUCUUCUCCCUUACACCCAUAGAAAUAUGGAGUAACUCCAUUAACUUUGGAGUUGACAGACUAUACCGAUUUGUAAUGGAGCAGAAUCUGGCCCUGAAAUGUUGAGCCCUUCCCCUCAGUCUGUAAAUUACUUCUGAUGGGCUGAGCUCUGUACAGAGCCCUAUUGAAGUCAAUAUGAUACAGGCACAGGGAUCUGCUUGCAUGGAAUAACUUGCAGGAUUUGGAGUUUAGUUUAUUUUCUGGGGUUAUUUUUUUCCUUUAUUUUACUACCUCUCUCACACAUUUAUUAUUAUUUUAUUUAUAGAAUAUGUUUCAAAUAGCCGGUUUGGGGAAUUUUUUAAAUUAUCAUUUUUACUUGAAACCGGUGUGCUUUUUCUGGAUGAAUAUGAACAAUUUGAAGAAUUGUUUCUUAACUCAUUUGGUUUUGUAAUUUAUAUAGAAUUCAGGAGAUUAUUAAAAGGGCUAUUCUUUAUUCCCUAUGCAAAUAUUUUAAAUGUUGUAGUGUAUGACAAAAUGGGAUUUUAAACAAAUUCUGCAAGGCAGAAAACAAAAUUCUGUUUACAGUGGCGUUGCUGACUAUCCUACUAUAUUCAGCACUUUUAAAUAUUGUUGUUUAUGAAAAUGUAGUUUAAAAUGCAAGACAUAAUAUUUAUAAAUAUUUCUUUUAAUAAAUACCUGUUUUGUC